AUGAACUGCAAGGCUAAUGGAUUCAGUGGUUCAGCCUUUCAUAAGCUUUUCUGGAUAGCAACUGAUGCAUACAAUGAGUAUGUAUUCAACAAAGCAAUGCAAAAGAUUGAAGAGUACAAUCCUAAGGCUAUUGAGUACCUAGAGAGCUGCACUGAGGUCUGGUCAAGGCAUAAGUUUGAUCCUACACUCUGUUGUGACCAUAACACAACAAAUUUUGUUGAGUCUUUCAACUCAUGCACCAAGCCAUACAGAGAUUUACCUGUUCUGAAAAUACUUGAAGCUAUAAGACAAUGGUGCAUGAAGAGGAUUGGGUUAGGGUUUGACAAAGCACUAAGCAUGGGGGAUAUGGAGCUGACUGAGUAUGCAGACAAGAUUCUGCAAACAAGAUCAGAUGAGUCUAUGUUUUGUUAUGCUAUUCCCUGUGGUGAGGAUGAAUUUGAGGUGAGAGACCAACAUGUGCAUUUUCCCAUCAAGCUGAGCACUAGAACAUGUGGUUGUGGGAAGUGGCAACAUUCUGGAUUGCCAUGCAAACAUGUACUAAGGGUCAUUUAUCACCAGAGGCUACAACCAGCAGACUUUGUAGCCCCCUAUUUCAAAGGAAAGGCAUACAAGUUGACUUAUGUAGGGCAUAUGCACCCUAUGCCUGACCCAUCACAAUGGCCAUCAAGGAACCUGCCUGACAUACUGCCACCAUUGGUGAAAAGAGGUGCAGGGAGACCAAAGAAGCAAAGAAAAAGAGGGCCAAAUGAAGCAAGGAAAGGGAAGAGGCAUGCAACAGUGAAGUGCAGCUUAUGCAGUGAGUUGGGGCACAACAAGGUGACUUGUGCAUCAAGGAAAAAAAGAGCUGCAACUGAAGCAAGCACAUCAGCCACCUCCUCUCAAGCCAAGAAGAGAACAAAGAGAGCAGCUUGA